AUGCCUAGCACAAUGCAUAUUCGAGGGCAAGCACAACAACUUAAGAGCAAAGCAACUCGAUGAAAUAGCAAAAGAAAAAGACUUGAAGGACUGAAAUAAAAUAAAACCACAAAAGAGGGAUGAAAAAAGUAACCGUACUCUGGAUGCCAUCAAACACAUAGUUCUUUUAGCUUUUUUUAAUAGGUCAAUCACUUGUAAUUGCUUGAGUUUGAUCCUUUAGUGAGUUCGUUCUAGUAAUUCUACUUCUUUGCAAGUUCUUUGUUGAUCCUUUUAAAAAAAAAAAAAACUAAAAAAAUCUUUAAUCGAUCAUUAAUUAUAUUUGUUGUUGGAAGCGAGCUGGUAUCAUCCAUGAAGGCGUCUAAGUGAUUAUCCUGCACCUUUCACUCGUUUCUCUCUGCUAGCUGGAUUCCAUACAGAGCUAAAGGCCUCCUCCUUUUCUUCCUCCCGCUAUUUCAUUGAGCUAUCAGUACCAGUGCUUUUGCGCACAUAUUUUCCCAAAUUAAGACCUGUAGAAAAUGGCUCUCGAAAGUGCUGGUGAAUCCAUUAUAUCUAUGCUAGCAAAACUCAUGGUGGAACCAGUAGGAAGGCAGUUCCGUUACAUGUUCUGUUUCAACAAUUUUGUUGAAGAAUUCAAUGAACGAAAGCAGAACCUGGUUUCGGCAAAAGAACGUCUGCAAAAAGGUGUCGAAGCUGCUGAAAGGAAUGCUGAAGAAACUUACAAAGAUGUCAAAAAGUGGCUGGAAGAUGCAAACAACGAAAUUGAAGGUGCGAAGCCUAUGGAGAGUGAAAUAGGAAAAAAUGGCAAAUGCUUUACUUGGUGCCCAAACUGCAUGCGACAAUUCAAGUUAAGCAAGGCACUGGCCAAGAAGUCGGAGACUUUCAGAAAACUUGGAGAAAGUAGCGAAAAGUUGAAAACAGUGGCCCACAAAGCUCCUCCUCAGCCCAUAGAAUUUCUAACACCAAAAGAAUUCACGCCCUCAGAAUCGUCAAAAGAAGCUUUGGAACAGAUCAUGAAAGCUCUCAAAGAUGACAACGUCAAUAUGAUCGGACUGUACGGCAUGGGAGGGGUGGGUAAAACAACCCUGGUGAAAGAAGUAGGCAGGAGCAAGGUUGUCAAUUCCGUUCCGUUCCGUCCGGAAUGGCCGAAACAUUCCAUACCAAUUUAAAAAACGGAACAAAACGGAACAAAUUUCAUCUCAUUUUAAAUCUCGGUCCGUUCUGGAUUUUUCGGCUAAAUUCCGCCCGAAACGUUCCUGUUCCAUUCCACAUGUUCCGUUCCGCUCUUGAAAAGCCAUUGAAUCAAAUUGAACCUUAUUCAAUUUAAUUAAUUAAACCACCCAAUUAUAAAAAGCUCUUUUUUAUUACUAUUUUCUAUAAUAAUGAUAUUAAUAAUAACAUUAAAAAUUAUUAUUACUAUUUUCAUUAACAAUGAUAUUAAUUUUUUAAAAUUAGAUUUAUCACUAAUAUAUAUGGUUUAUAUUCAUGUUGUUUUUUUCAUGUUUAUACUUUGUAGGAAUUUGAGCAAAACAAGGGAUGCUUUAGAUUUCAUUAGCCUUAAUAACAUUGACCUAACUUUAUAUUUAAAAUAUUUGUGUUAAAAAAUUUUACUUUCAUAAUAUUUUGAUAUUUUGUUUAAGUUGAAUUACUUUUAAGUUAAAGAUCUAUUUAAUCUUGACUAUUUAGAAAUUUUUUAAAUUUUGAAAUUAUAUUUGUUUGGCAUUGUGUUUGUAUUGCAUAAUUUAUAAUUAAUUUAUCUUGAAUUUGAAUUAUGUUUGUUGAAUAUAUAUAUAUAUAUAUAUAUAUAUAUAUAUAUAUAUAUAUAUAUAUGAACAGUACAACCCCGAAACGGCACGCCGAAACACUCCGAAACUGAAACAUUCCGUUCCAAUUGAAAAAACGAAACACCUACCGAAACGGAAUUGACAACCUUGGGCAGGAGAGCCAAAGAGUCGCAGCUUUUUCCUGAAGUUUUAAUGGCUACCGUGUCCCAGAAUCCAAAUGUCAUAGGCAUCCAGGAUCGAAUGGCAGAUAGUUUACAUCUGAAAUUUGAAAAAACGGGUAAAGAAGGUAGAGCAAGUGAAUUAUGGCAGAGACUGCAGGGAAAGAAGAUGCUUAUAAUCCUAGAUGAUGUUUGGAAACAUAUUGACUUGAAAGAGAUAGGGAUCCCAUUUGGUGAUGAUCACAGGGGUUGUAAAAUUCUUCUAACAACACGUGUUCAAGGCAUAUGUUUUUCUAUGGAGUGCCAGCAAAAAGUGCUUUUAAGAGUCUUACCUGAAGAUGAAGCAUGGGAUUUAUUCAGAAUCAAUGCAGGUUUACGUGAUGGGGACUCUACCUUGAACACAGUGGCAAGGGAGGUUGCGAGAGAAUGCCAAGGCUUACCUAUAGCACUUGUGACAGUGGGAAGGGCUCUAAGAGGUAAAUCACGAGUUCAGUGGGAAGUAGCGUCUAAACAGCUCAAAGAAUCUCAAUUUGUGCGCAUGGAACAAAUUGACGAACAAAACAAUGCUUACACAUGUCUUAAGUUGAGCUAUGAUUAUUUGAAGUACUAGGAAACCAAGUCAUGUUUCGUGCUAUGCUGUUUAUUUCCAGAAGAUUAUGACAUUCCAAUCGAGGACUUGACGAGAUAUGCAGUUGGCUAUGGGUUACAUCAAGAUGCGGAGCCCAUUGAAGAUGCAAGGAAACGCGUUUCUGUGGCCAUCGAAAACCUCAAAGAUUGUUGCAUGCUGUUGGGCACUGAAACCGAAGAACAUGUGAGAAUGCAUGACCUGGUUCGUGACUUUGCUAUUCAGAUAGCAUCAUCAGAAGAAUAUGGAUUCAUGGUAAAGGCUGGCAUUGGGUUGGAGAAGUGGCCAAUGAGAAACAAAAGCUUUGAAGGUUGUACAGCAAUUUCGUUAAUGGGCAAUACACUAGCAGAACUUCCUGAAGGAUUGGUAUGUCCAAAGCUCAAAGUUCUACUGUUAGAAGUGGAUGAUGGUUUGUAUGUUCCUCAGAGGUUCUUUGAAGGGAUGAAAGAAAUUGAAGUUUUGUCUCUGAUGGGAGGAUGUUUGUCAUUGCAAUCACUUGAACUCUCAACGAAACUUCAAUCGUUGGUGUUGAUGGAGUGCGGAUGUAAGGACCUCAUUCGGUUGAGAAAGCUGCAGAGACUUAAGAUUCUUGGUCUUAUAUGGUGCUUAUCCAUUGAAGAGUUACCUGAUGAAAUAGGAGAGCUCAAGGAGUUAAGGUUGCUGGAUGUGACAGGUUGUCGAAGGCUAAGAAGGAUCCCUGUGAAUUUGAUUGGAAGGUUGAAGAAGUUAGAAGAAUUGUUGAUUGGGGAAUACAGCUUUGAGGAAUGGGAUGUUGAUGGGACAAGCACAGGAGGAAUGAAUGCAAGCCUAACAGAACUAAAUUCGUUGUCUCAGUUAGCCGUAUUAUCAUUGAGGAUACCGAAGGUUGAAUGCAUUCCCAGAGAUUUUGUUUUUCCCAGCUUGCGCAAAUAUGAUAUAGUAUUAGGGAACCGGUUUGUGGCAGGACGAUACCCAACCUCGACAACAUUAAUUUCGACAGCUGCUACAUCCUUAAAUGCGAAGACAUUUGAACAAUUGUUUUUACAUAAAUUAGAAUCUGUACAAGUGAGCAGUUGUGGGGAUGUUUUCACUCUGUUUCCAGCAAGAUUGCGGCAAGGUUUAAAAAAUCUGAAGGAGGUGAUUGUUGACCGCUGUAAAUCAUUGGAAGAGGUAUUUGAAUUGGGUGAGGCUGAUGAACAAAGCAAUGAGGAGAAAGAGAUGCCGCUGCUGUCAUCUUUAACAGAGUUACAGCUGGAAAUGUUACCUGUGCUCAAAUGCAUAUGGAAGGGGCACACUGGACAUGUCAGCCUCCAAAAUCUUGCUCGUCUGGAGUUGGGGUAUCUUCACAAACUGACAUUUAUCUUCACAGCAUCCCUCGCUCAAAGCCUACCAAAGCUAGAACGCCUUAACAUAAGUAAAUGCGAUGAAUUGAAGCAUAUUAUCAGAGAAGAGGAUGGUGAAAGGAAAAUAAUUCCACAGUCUCCUGGCUUUCCAAAAUUAAAAACUAUCAUCAUAGAAGAGUGUGGUAAACUGGAAUAUGUCUUCCCUGUCUCCGUGUCUCUAACUCUUCAAAGUCUACCACAACUGCAAACACUUGACAUAACAGCAUGUGGUGAAUUGAAGCAUAUUAUCAGAGAAGAGGAUGGUGAAAGGGAAAUAGUUCCAGAGUCUCCUGGCUUUCUAAAAAUAAAAACUCUUCGUAUAUCUUACUGUGGUAAACUGGAAUACGUCUUCCCUGUCUCCAUGUCUCCAAGUCUUCCGAACCUGGAACAGAUGACGAUUGCUCGUGCUGACAAUUUAAAGCAAAUAUUUUACGGUGGAGAAGGAGAUGCACUUACCAGAGAUGGCAUCAUCAAGUUCCCUCAACUAAGAGAAUUGUCUCUUCGGCUCAGAUCAAAUUACAGCUUUUUAGGUCCAAGGAAUUUUGAUGCUCAAUUGCCUUUACAAGAAUUAGCCA